AUGUGCAAAACAGAUGAAAAUACAGAUCUAGAGCCUAGGAGCAAGGUGGUACCUGAAGCUGAAUUAGCCUUUGGAGAAGCUAAGGAUCAAAAGAAGAUCAUCAAGGAUAGAGCAACCACAAAGGUAUUCAGAGUAGACCACAAACUCCAAGCUUUAGAAGCACAGUUCAAAGAACUGGACAAUACCAAAGAUAAUCUGACACAGAAAUUUGAACAUCAUAGCAAGACUUUGGCAAGCCAAGCAGCUCAAGAUGAAAUGUGGACAGCAGUUUUGGCACUGAAGUUCACUUCAAUUGAAUUGAAUAUUUUAUACAGCUACGUCAUUGAAGUACUUAUCAGCUUGCACACACGUGUACUUGAGAAACUACCAGACCUGGUAAGAGGUCUUCCCACCUUAGCCUCUGUCCUUAGACGAAAAGUUAAGAACAAGUGCAUUAGAGUUGUGUGGGAGUCUGUUCUGGAAGAAUGUGGGCUGCAAGAAGGAGAUAUCACAGCAGUUUGUACUUUCUUUAUUGCACAUGGUCACAAGGCAGAUCAUUAUGCAGCUAAAGUACGACAGAUGUACAUCAGGGAUAUCACAUUCAUGAUCACUAACAUGGUAAAGAACCAGGCUCUGCAGGAUGGUUUGCUGAGGGCUGUUCAGGUCAUUGAGAAAGGAAAAGCAGAGAGGAUUCCUGAAGAGCAAAAGUCACCCCUAAAAGAAUUGAUAUCAUCAGUCAAAAACUAACCUUCUGCCCCACGAUCCUGAUGUCAUUUGUAGUAAUUUAUCUUGAAAAUAGUAAAAUGUAUGUGUAAUUUAUUUACUGCAGAUUUAUUGUUAUGGCAAAAAGUAAAAGCAGUAUUAAAGAAUUUGUAAGUGAUACAAUGAAUAUUUUCUAUUUUGCUCUAUAAAAGAAUGA